GAUAAGAGUUUGCUUAAUCAUCAUUUCAAUAUAAAAACAAAAUGCUGAAAUCAUGCAGGUUUUGAAAUGUUUUUUUUUAAAUAUUAUUUCGUUAUGUUGCUUUUGUAAUACCAGAGACAGUAUUUGCAUGAGUACGGUUGCAACAUUUGUUUGUGUGCGGGUUUAAAGGAGGACUUUAUUGUCUUUGGCACCAUUUGACCAUCAUGCUCUCGUACCUGUUGCUCCUCGCAGUCAUAUCGACUGUUCAGGCUGAGAAGAUUCAAGGUGUAGAGGAGAACAAUGCCUGUGUAUGUAAAUUAAGCAGCUCUAUCUGGGCUUUUCCUGCCAAACGGUUUGAGGAAGUCGAAACACAAGUCCAGAUCUGUGAUGAAAACUUGAAGAAUUUACAGAAAAAGAUAAAGACCAAUAAUGUAGCGCUACAAAAGAUGGAAUUUGCUCUUAAGAACAUCACAGAUCGGUUGGAACCCUUUGAUUAUCUCAACAACAAUGGCCUGUACAACGCCCUUCAACUGCGAAAGCUAAGCCAGGAACUUGAAGCGAUCCAUCAGACCGCCACUGAAGCACAUCAGACAAAUCCCAACGAAGACACACGCAAACUUCUCAAAGAGUUGGAUAAAACAAAGAGUGACAUUGAGAGCAUGUACAACGACAAUAUAUUCAAUCUCCAGACCAUGAAAAUGAGAUUACGUGACCUUAACAACAGAGCACAAACGUGCAAAACCAUACCAGAUGAUUUCAGAAGUUCUUGUCAUCAGCGUAUCAUGACCAGCAUAAGUUCUCCAAGUGUCACAAAGCUCAACUCAUUAGAUAAGUCGUACAUCUCUGGUGCUUGGGGCCGAGAUGCCAAACUGAACGAGCAAAUCUACUGGGAGCACAGCCUGGUCAGUGGAAACAAACGCGGCAACACAAUCAGAAUUUACAAAUCAUAUGAAGAUUUCAUGGCCAGCAAGAACUACAAAGAUGAAUACAUUGCAUCGUCUUACAGUCACGCUAAUGCCGUCCAGGGUUCAGGCACUAUAUUGUACGAUAACACUGUGUUUUACCAAUGCUACAACAAAGCUGAGAUUUGCAGUUACAAUAUUCUAACAAAAGUAACCAAGCGAAAGCCUAUCGUUGGUGCUGGUUUCAAAAACACAUUUCCAUACUGCUACUACAGCUGUCGUGAUUGGACAGACUUUGAUCUGGAAGCGGAUCAAGGCGCUGUAUGGGUGAUAUACGCCACGGAGGAGAACCACGGCAAUAUCGUUGUGAGCCGAUUGGACCCGGUUGAGCUCAAUAUCACGCAUACCUGGAAAACACAUUUGUUUAAGAGAUCUGUCACUAACACGUUUAUGGUGUGCGGUGUCUUGUAUGCUACACGUUAUGUUAAUGCUUAUCGAGAAGAGGUAUUUUAUGCCUUUGAUACGGUCACUGGUCAGGCGAUAAACACUCUUUCUAUACCUUUUGAGAAAGUUGCAGAGGGUGUAGCCAAUCUGCAUUUUAACCCAGUUGACCGGAAACUUUACCUGUAUAACGAUGCUUAUCUUUUAGCAUAUGACACGGUCUUUUAAGGUGAGAUAAGCAGAUAGAUAAGAUAGAUACAUUGCCCAACUGUUUAAUUGAAAGUCAAAUUACACUUGAUGCGAUUAUUUUUUAUAUUCCCAGACAGCAGAUGACUCUGGGCCGGAUCUGUGCCGAAAUCAGCAGCUCCGUUGUGGAUCUGGCCCAGAGUCAUUUGAUGUUUGGGUUGGGACUGAAAUACGAUCUGUCCUUCAUAUAGUCAGCAAUAAUAAGUAUGGUUUUAUAUUGUUAUGUGAAGAUUACACUUUUACAAUGUUUGUUAAUAAG